CUUCUUGUACACCUGUCGUCCGAGAAGUUUUUGUUUGGCCGCGCGAGAUCAUGAUCUUUUCGAACGCGGUACAUGUCAUGUAGCAGCUUCCUUUGGAGACGAGCCUCGCAUGCAGUCAGCGAGAACAAGGCUAAAGUUUGACACGUCGCUCAUUUGACUUUGUUCAAAACUCUUUGUUCGCAGUCGAAGUCCAGUCCUGUUUGUACUUACUGUAUGCACCACUCGAGUACUCCUGGUUGUACAGGUAUUUAUUCAUUUUAAAAUUGUCUUGUUGACGACUGCGUCCUCUUGUUUGGAUGUCGUACUGAGGACAUCUCCGGUCCAUUUUUGGAAGCUCAGGCUCGCAUACGCGUAUAUACGUAUGUUCGUGAGCUCCAUGCUGCUGGCUUGCUGAGGGGAAGUUUGAAGGAGUGAGAGGAUGUCGAGCGAGACCGGGGAGCGCAGCAGAACGCUGCGCAGUCCAUCUGCAUCUGGUGAUAGUAAAUCCAUUGCAACGGGGCCACGACACCUCGUGUGCGUCAUUCUCGUCGCAGGACACGGGACGAUUCUUGAAACGGACAUCAAGAAUGACUGCAGUGGCAAGUACAGAGACAUGCAGGGUGUUCCCAAGGCCUUGCUACCGGGUGUGGGUGGCAAGUCUAUCCUGGAUUUCUGGUGGUCAGCCAUAAACACUCGUCAGAUCUUCAGUGAGGUGUUCUUGGUCACAAACGCUAACAAGUACAAGCAUUACGAGCGCUGGGCCACUGCCAACGAAUUCCCUGUAGAAAAUAUCAUCAACGAUGGCUCUACCACACAUCAAACAAGAUUGGGCAGCGUGGGUGACUUUGAGCUAGCAUUGCGAACCCGUCACAUCAAUGGUGAUGUCAUGGUUCUUGCCGGUGAUAUGCUGUUCAACUACAACUUUGACAUCUUGCAAGUCAUCAAGUAUUUCCGUGCCAAGGGAGGUGAUCUCGCCAUCUACUACGAAAUGGACGACAGUGAAUCAAUCUCGACGCGCGGUAUCCUUGAACUCGACACCACGCAUAGGAUCACCAAGUUCUGGGAGAAGCCCGAGGCGGGUGAAACGAUGUCACGGCUAGCCAGCGUGGUUUUCUACUGCUUUCGACAGCACUCCUUGGAGUUACUGGACCACUACUUAGAGGAGUUCCCUGAUGUCAACGAACGUGUGUUUGGCAAGUUCAUGAGAUGGCUGGUAUCAAGGGAAUCAGUGUAUGGUAUGAAGCUACCUGGUGGUUUCCAACUGAUUGGCCAGGAUGUCGGCUUAUCCGACUACGAAAAGUGGGUAGCAGUCUACUCCGGAGCAAACCCUGAUGAGCUGCGGCGCUUGACUAGACCAAUCACAAAACGUUCGUAUGCAAGGAUUGGUCUGGUCGGUAACCCUAGCGAUGGUUUCCAUGGCAAGACAAUAUCCAUGUCCAUUGCCAACUUCUGGGCGGACGUGACGAUCAAGGCCAGCGACAAGCUGAUACUGGUGCCGCACCCGCUCAACGACCCGACCGAGUUUGGCAGUCUGGCGGACCUUCACGGGAUUAGCCGCAAAGAAGGCUAUCUAGGAGGUCUGCGCCUGUUGCAGGCCACGUGUAAGAAAUUCUAUCAGUACUGCUCUGAACGAGGCAUUGCUCUGGCCAAACGCAACUUUCGACUGGAGUACGACACCAACAUACCGAGACAAGUGGGCUUGGCUGGAAGCAGUGCCAUUGUGGUGGCUACGCUGCGUUGCCUGAUGGAGUUCUUCAACCUCUCAGACGCCGAUAUGCCGCAGGAAAUUCAGCCAAACUUCGUUCUGAGUGUGGAGCUAGAAGAGCUCUUCAUCACGGCUGGUCUUCAAGAUAGGGUUAUACAGAUCUAUGAAGGCCUGGUGUACAUGGACUUCAGUCGUGACAUCAUGGCUAAACUGCACCAUGGUACGUAUGUCAACCUACCCAUGAAGUCAAUUCCCCAGUUCUGGCUUGCCUAUCAGAACGACCCAAGUGAUUCAGGAAAGAUCCACAGUGAUGUCAAGCUGCGCUGGGACAAGAAUGACGAGGACGUGCUUCUAGCCAUGCAGCAGUUUGCAGCGUUUACCGACGAUGCAAGGGAGGCCAUUGUGAAUGCUGACUGGAGCCAGGUUGCUAAGAUAAUGGACAAGAACUUCUCACUGCGUCGCAAGGUCUACGGUGAUGCAGCCCUGGGCACUGCCAAUCUACACAUGAUAGAGAUUGCUAAACGGCAUGGCUCUGCGGUGAAGUUCCCUGGUAGUGGUGGUGCCGUGUUCGGCCUGUGCCCUAGCCAAGAGAGCAUGGAUUCGCUACGCAUCGAGCUGCAACUGGAGGGUUAUGUCUUCUCUCCUGUGGUGCCGUACAUUCCUGACAAGGAGCCACGCACACAGCAGCGGUUGCCGUCGCAAUCUUCCUUGGCUUGUUCAAGUCAUCCUGGUGAGACUGGCAAUGGAAAUGGCUCGCACGGAGACCGUCCUCUGCAACAUCGCGCGAUGAGCAGUUUCUAUCGACGUGUGACUGUGAGGCGAGGCGAUCGGCAUCGCCUACCGGACACAGCUGAGGCGCAUGGCGUCUCUCUCUCUCUCUCUCUCUCUCUCUCUCUCUCUCUC